CGCACUGCAUUGGUGGGUGGGCAGAUCGCCGGCUUUACAGAGACAGCAAAUCAACCUCUGUUGCAUGCAAACCGUGUUUGACGAGAUCUACGCACUCAAAUCACCUUAUCACCUUUUGCUAUAGUUCUCGUUUGAGUGCACAUGUUCCUUUAGAGUGCCUUGCGAAACGCUUUUUAUUUUGUCUUUUAUUAGAACGCGUUACGCUGAAACGCUUUAUCCUGUUCUCCACAAAAUUUAAGGCUUGAAUAGCUCCCAUUCCCAACAUUUUAUUACUCUCAAAGAGAGUGUUAGCCCCGAGGUGUCGACUCUGUGAGUGCAUAUUUAUUUCGUUCAGAGAAAAUGGCAAAAGAUGAUAAGAAAGACGGAUGGAAGGAGUUUUUCUGGAACCCUAGAACCCGUGAGUUCUGCGGCAGGACCGCCGGCAGUUGGGGUCUGAUCCUGUUGUUUUAUCUGGCUUUCUACAUUUUCCUGGCUGGCUUAUUUACUCUCACCAUGUACGUAAUGCUGCAGACACUUGAUGACUAUAAACCAACAUACCAGGACAGACUUGCAACUCCAGGCAUGAUGAUCAGGCCUAAAGGUGAUGAACUGGAGCUUGCUUACACUAUACAGUACACAGAGACCUGGGAAAGAUACGUUCAAGCCCUCAAUAACUUCCUCACUCCUUAUACCGACUCAAUCCAGGCGCAGAAGAAUAUCGAAUGUAAGCGAGAUCAGUACUUUAUCCAGGAGGACAGUGGAACUUUGAAAAACUAUCCCAAGCGCUCUUGCCAGUUUAACCGCACCAUCCUGGGUAAUUGCUCGGGGAACGAUCUUUCUUAUGGUUAUGACCUUGGCCAGCCCUGCAUCAUCAUCAAGCUCAAUCGUGUUAUUGGUCUUUUACCUGGGAAGGACAGUAGUGCUCCUUUCAUCACAUGUGGUGGUAAGACUGAUGACUCAGAUAAACUUGGUGAACUACAGUACUAUCCUCCCGAUGGCUCUUUCAACCUCAUGUAUUACCCAUACUACGGAAAGAAAUCUCAGGUAAACUAUUCUCAGCCUCUAGUGGCCAUUAAGUUCCUUAACAUUACCAGAAAUGUGGAUGUCAACGUGGAAUGCAGAAUCAAUGCUAACAACAUUCCUGAAGGCACUGAACGAGACAAAUUUGCUGGACGUGUUUCUUUUAAACUGAGGAUCAACUCCAUAAAUUAAAUAGAAGAAAGUGUGUUUCUAUCUUUUACAUAAACACACACACACAUACAUCAGCUACUUCACUAGGGACAGCCAUAAAUAAUCAAUACAGACAUAGCAAAGAAUAACAAAUAAAAACCCAGAGACUGACUGCAUUAGUGAGGUUAUGGAGAGUAAGCAUGGUUGUGUCAUUGUGUGUAUUUAUGUGUGAACAUCAGUGUCUGUAUGUGUGUCUGCAUGUGUGGUUUAAGAUGUUUUUUUAUUAUUUUACGAAACACAAUUUUAUCUGCAUGCUCAGUAAUGAGCUAUUAAUUAUAUAUAUAUUAUUACACUAAGAGAAACGUUGAGUCGAUUUUGUAAAAUGGGCAAAAUUUAGCACCUGAUAAAUGAUACAAUAUUUAUAUCUAGUAUACAUUUGAAUUAAUAUAGGAAAUGGAUGGAGUGAGUCCACAAAAAGAUUUCAUAAAAUUUGAUGUACCAUUGUAGACUGGCAUGACCUGGUAUGUGUGUAUAGUGUCUGUAUAGUGUCUGAAAUCUUUUGUUUGCAUGUGUGCAAUAGAGUUAAAAUCCCUCCCCCAUCUGCUGGCUUUAGAGCUGAAGAGGAUAUUUUAUACCAACACGUAGAUUUGCUGCACGAUAAACAUAAGCGACCAUUCCCCUCCAAAACACACACAUAGCUCUUUUAAUUCAGACAAACAUUUCUGCAUUCCUAUUCAUUUACUUCUAUCAGUUUGUACUAUUAUAUAAUGAAGUGUGUCUAACACAUGUUUCAUUUAUCAUGAGGCGUGUCUCUUUAAGUUUGUUUACUGUAUGUGUAUAAAUAGGUUUCUUUUUUUGCAUGUGCAUUAUAGUUUGUUGCACAUAAUGAUGGUACUUGAUAUCUUGUAUUGAAUGAAGUGACAGUGUGCCUAUAGAUGACAGCAGGCAUCUAUAGGUGAAAAGAUGUGUGUUUGGGGUGUGUGUGAAUUCCUGUAUGUACUUGGAUUUAUUUAUUAGGGGUCAAGCCCCGAAGG